UGUGUUUGUGUGAGUGUGAGUGUGUGUGUGUGUGUGUGUGUGUGUGGUGUGUGUGUGUGUGUGUGUGUGUGUGUGUGUGAGAAAAGAAAUUGGAGAUCCCUUCGUGAAGGAUCGUCAUACAGUCUGGCUUACUUGUGCCGUCACUUGGAGUAUGCCUGUCACAUUCCGGACAUUAAGGGAGGCUCGCAGAUCCCCCAGUUCCAUUCGGUACGUAAGCUGGCCAGGUCAAUGGAGCGCGCUCCUAUGGCCUCCCCCAUCUUGAUGCCGUCACCUGUGAACGUAAAACCAACCCUUUGGCACAAAGAAAUGUACCAAAAUGGCACACCAGCUGUUGAUAUAAGGGGAAAUCAGGUUUUCCAGCACGCGAGAUCCGGGCGAUACUUGGCCAGCAGCGAGUCCUAAGGCACGGCGCCAUGGCGCAUUCGCAUCAGCGCCGAAGCCACCCGUGGCGAGGAUCACUGGGAUUGCAGAUGUGCAACGUACCAAACAAAGAUUCUUGACGACAGAGAGCCUGAGCAGCUUGCUUGCAUGAAAAAAGGCAAAUUGCCCCAGCGCGCUUGCUUGUAGAAUCAAACUCCAUUCCAACUCCCCAAUCCCCCGCCCGUGCUGGGUACAAAUGUUGAUAGUUACUUGCUGGUGGACACCAUAGAUUGUCGGAAUUGAUUCAUGUCCACCAUGGCCUGCCCACAGCGAGACUGUCCCUCAAAGGCCUUGUUGAUGAUCCGCGCCAAGUCG